AUGCCCACCUUGGCCUGGUGUGGAUCGUUUAUCGACCAGGGCCUCAACAAGAGUUGCUGGGAUUGCUGCGACCCUGGGACGAUGGAUGGAUACCUGUGUCAACGCCUACGCUCAGAGUACAGCAGUUGGGUUCCGAGGGGCUACAGCGCAGUCAGGUAUCACGCCUUGGGCCUCUGCGUGCCUGGCGCUUUUUGCACGGCAUCGGAUGAUGAACCGAAUGGGCUCCAUGCUGCGUGGCAACACAGAAAACCGCCCAAUCGUGCCUGGCGAAUAGGGGCAUCCAGCCGGCCAUUUGCUGCCCUCGCCGCAGCAGAGAGCUUCGAAGUGUUCCAGAAUAUCAAGUCGCAUGCCGGUACGCAAUACACCUUGACCGCAUCUGCUCCAGGGGCCGCGGGGUACUUGCGGCGCCGGUACUCGCCGGUAGCGCAACCGGGUACCCCAAAGCUGGGGGAUACCUGCUGCCUCUCGCGCCUGCGCCGUCUGAACUCUCUGAGCCUGCCGCGUGUCGCCUGCAUCGCGCCCCCUCCCCCUCUGUGCCGCAUGUACCUGCCCGGCCGCGUGGUACCUGCGCCCUGA